AUGGUGGCUGAGGGGAACCUCCGCAUUAGCAUUCACACCCUGCAGGUGUUCUCCGGCUGCGAAGAGAGCGGGGACAAUCGUACCCCCAGAGGGUUUGCGAAGUACGGCUACAACGGGAGGGACUUCCUCAGUCUGGACCUGGCGACUCUCACCUGGACCGCACUGAGUGCAGAGGCCAAUCUCAUCAAGAGGAAAUGGGACGCUGAGAGGGACCGAGGGGAACUCUGGGAGCGUUUCCUGGCUGAGACUUGCGUGGAGUGGCUCCACACGCACCUGCGCUACGGAAAAGAGGCUUUGCUGAGGAUUGAUCCACCGAGGGGACGUGUGGCCCGUAAGGCAGGGUCAGACGGCCUGGAGACCCUCGUCUGCCAACUCCGCGGCUUCUACCCCAAGGAGAUCGCAGUCACUUGGAGGAAGGGCGGGGAGGUCUGGCACCAGGACACCUCCCACGGGGGUGUCCUCCCCAACUCGGACGGGACCUACCACACCUGGCUGAGCAUCAAGGUCGACCCCAAGGAGAAGGACCGUUUCCGGUGCCACGUGGAACACGACGGCCUGCCGGAGCCCCUGGACAUGGCCUGGGAGGAGCCGGACUCUGCAUCCAACGUGGGGCUCAUUGUGGGCGUCGUCCUGGGGGUCGUGGUGGCUGUCGUCCUGGUGGGGGCCGGGGUCACCUUCUACAUCAGAAGACGACAAGAAGACAGCUACCAAGGAGCACCGACAAGGGACCAGGGAUCAGACAGCUCUGUCAGUGCCUGAUUUCCCAUUGGCGUGUGAGAGGAACCAGAAGGGAACCCAUCCGGAUCUUCCCAAGAACGCAGGACCCUCGUGAGCUGUGGCCCAUCUUUAGCACCCCCUGUUAUGUUGCCUGUUUCUGUACUAGUCGGCAGAACUGUUUCUUGAGGGCGGGACAGUCUCUUUCUGACGGACCUGUCUUUCUCCUUCCUCGGGCCUUGAGAUGGGAAAUUCCCCCCUUGUUUCUUCUAAGUCGCUGCAGCUGCUGUGGAGCAUAAAUGCCUGGCCAGUGCGAUCGCCCUUUUCGGUUUCUGAGGAUGUGUGAAAACCUCUGGGGGUUUGCCAAAGUUUGGAAAUCCGAGUUCAGGCCUUUAAAGAGGGAUUGUUUUAGUAACAUUAAGGCGGUCUGUGUGAGUUAUUAAUUUUAACUACUGCAAAAAUCCCAUGACACUGGAAGCGUUAGAAGAACUUGGAAUUCUGUGAUUUUGAAAAUGGCUGCUAAUAUAGUAAUAUGAAUAAUCAGCUUGAUCGAGCCAGU